AUGAGUUCAUGUCUGAACAUAAUAGUCAAACUCUUCAAAAUCACAUUGAUGGAAUCAGAAAACGGUGGGGUUGGUGAGAUUGAUCAUCUGGAGAAAGGGUUGUUGUCCGACACGCGUGAAGCUAACGAUGAUGAAGAUGACGAUGAGCCCAUACUAUAUUCUGCAAGCUUCGAAGAAGCUGAGGAUGAUUUUAUAAAGCUUAAGACGACACAGUGGAUACUUUAUUCGUUGCUAUUGAUUUUGGCAUGGGGUUUCGGCUUGCUCAUGUUCCUGUACAUUCCCGUUCGUCGAUACAUACUCCGGCGUAUGAUACAAUCACGAAAGCUCUAUGUCACCCCCAAUUCCAUCGUUUACAAAGUAACUAAGCCAGUUCCAUUUCCAUGUUUUGGGGUCUUGAAGAAAGAGAAACAUGUCCUGUUACCUUCUGUUGCUGAUGUUGUGAUCGAACAGGGGUAUCUACAGUCUCGUUAUGGUGUCUACUCCAUUAGAAUUGAGAAUGUUGGUGUAAGAAGGCCUCCAAGUGAUGAUGUUCAAAUUGAAGGCAUUGUCGAUCCUCGAGCAUUCAAAAAGUUUGUGCUGAUGCGACUUUCAGAAAUGAGAAAUCAAACCUUCUCUAGGCAAGUUUCAACCUUGGAAGAUGCCAGUUCUUCAAGAAAUGUCCAAUCAUAUGCUGCACCGAUGUCUCCCUUGAAAUCCAUUAGGCGUGAUAUUCUCUCUCCUGUUGGUGAAUUUGGAAUACUACAAAAGCUAGAGGAAGUCGACAAUUCUCUUAAGAGAGUCCAAACAUUGAUUGAAGAACGACAACCAAAAACGUUUGAACAUAAAGAUUGAGAUUGAAAGGGGAAUUUAGUAACUUAUGGUGCCACCAUUAAACCUUGCAAGUUAUUGCGUUACAUCAAAGAUUUGGAAUUUGUUAGUUAUAUGCCCUCAAGUAGUUCGGCAUACAUUCAUUGUAUAUUGGUUACUUUUAAGUUAUUAGACAUUCGAUUGUAAUAUCAAAUAUGUGGAAUGAUUUUUGGUUA